UACCAGUUGAUGUAUUAUAUGUAUGUAUAUGUUCAGUUAUGACUUAUGCGUGCUCUUGCUGGUUUCAUGACGCACAGUUGGAUUAGGAAAGGAACUCAGAUCAAUGUAAAUGACCAAAAAUCAUGGGAUUGGAUUCUAUUUUAUACUCCUCACACAAUUUAAUCAUGUUUUUGAAGCAUUUCCUUUAGCAAGAAGAAUCAUAGGAGUAGAGUCCACCAUCUCCUCCUCCGUUCUUUAGUUGUCGAUGUUUGUAUGGCAAUUGAUUGUGCUUCCAUAAUCUGCUUACAUAUUCCUAGUUAGUUAGAUACUGCUUUGUCUAUUACCAAAGAACAGAAGAUCAUAUCUUGCAAGUUUGAACUGAAACUAAUGAGGACAAAUGAUUGCAGUUAAACUACCUAAUUGAUACUCUAUACUUCGGUUGGUGCCCUACCACAGCAGUUCAUUUUUACGCUACCUGUGACUACAAUCUAAAAGUUUAACGGAUAGUCAUGCUUUAAUCAUAUUAGUAGGGUCAGUUGGUCCUUUCGUAUGACGAACACACUAUAUCAGUGUGCUUUAUACUCUCCUGGGUGUCUUAGAUUCUUAACUUCUGUUACACCCGUAGGUGGCCUUUCUUCAUCUCUUUUCUUGGAUUGAUAUUUCCGACUUCUCGCUUAUACAGCUGACACUCUUGCUAAGUGUAACAAUAUUCAUCCAAACAGGAACAGAGAUGGGUCACGAAUUCAAAGCUUGUGUGGAAUGCACUGAGAAGUGUUUGCUGGUUCAUGGGAACAAGAGUGAUGCUUCACCUGUCAUAACUUCCUUUGUCACAGUCAUGUCUGGAAACGAGUUUUCUAAAUUUAUGGAAUUGCCUCCAAAUGUUGCUCGUGCUGUGUCUUUGGCUGAUCAAUCGACUGUCAUUGAAGAUUCACAGGGGCUGCGAUGGAACAUUGCAAUCUCAAGUAUGGAUGGCUCCUUUGCUUUUCAUCAUGGAUGGAAUGCUUUUUCAUUAGAUCAUGACCUACAACUAGGAAAUAUUCUGGUCUUCACUUACAUUAGGGGUUCACAUUUUGCUGUUAAAAUCUAUGAUAACUCUGGGUGUGAACCAUGUUCUUUUGAGACCGAUCAGAAGAAAAGAAAAAGGGAUGACAGAGAUUCUAUUUUCAAAGGUGGUUGGUGCUAUGCAACUGAUAAAAGUUCAAUGAGCAAAGACGGUUCAGGCACCUGUGGUUGCUCAGAUGCAGAGAUAAGUAAACGGUUGGAUGAAGUGAAUGGCAAGGGGAAAGCUCCAAUCACCACACAGUUAAUUUGCUUCAAAUUGUGAUGAUAGAAAGGAAGCUGGCUCCGUUAACAGCCCAGUGGCUAAAGAUGUAGGGAGUACAGUAAUUCCUUCAGAUGGAUCUGAGUUGGAAAGGACUCUGAAAAAUAGUGAUCAUGAAGUCAAGGUAAAAAAGGAAGAACCUUCUGAAAUACAUUCAUGCACCGAGACCUCUGGAAAACUCUUAUCAACACUUCCUGUAAUUUCGGAAGAAAAACUGCUGUGUCAACCAGAGCUACAAAAAAAUGCCGCACUGGCGAUGGAUCAGGCAAGUCGUAUGCAACUAUGUGUUUUUCAUUCUGUUGUUGUUUAUUGAGAGUAUAAUGUUGGUAUGUACAUUAUAUCCCUCAGGUUCUGUAUCUUUAUUUUGUUUGUUAUGUCUUCUAGAGUUAUUAUCAGACAACAAUCGGGCUGCAGUAUCUCUUUGAUCCCAACAAUUAAAGUGCAUUUAGAUGGUUUUUGAGAUUUAAUUUGCUUUUCCAUUUGG